AUGGCGGAAAAACUUCGUGCGGAACAUUUGCUCAUUAAAUUCAGCGGGAGUCGUAACCCCGUCUCGCGCAGAACCGGCAAGAGUGUUGAAGGUGUAUCAUAUGAAGAGGCCCGUGCAGAGUUACUGCAGUGGGCAGAGAAGAUUCGAAAUGGGUCAAUAACAUUUGAAGAUGCCGCUCGUCAACGCAGUGACUGUGGCAGUUACGCAAGUGGAGGUGAUUUGGGUUACUUUGGCCCGGGAGAAAUGAUGAAACCCUUUGAAGACGCCGUGCGUGCACUCGACAUUGGUCAAGUGAGUGAUAUUGUUCAGACAGACAGUGGUUUACAUCUCAUUAAGAGAAUUGCGUGA